UCCAUUCUCCUAUUCCUUCCUCUCCUUUCCCACCCACCCAAGUCAGUCAAUCACUAUCCAUUUAUUCCGGUCUCUACCGAGUACAUUCUUUAUUUCACGUCACUCUUUUACCUUCGGGGAGAAAGUCCAACAGCAACAACAAAAAUAAAUAUCCAACCUCUAAUUUCAAUUAGCCAUUCUUUGGACAGAAAAAGUAACAAAUCAACAAAAUGCGUUUCUCCGUCGCUGCUGUUUUCGCCGCUGUGGCCGCUGGUGUCGUCGCCGAGGAAGUGAGCACUGUUAUUGUCACCGAAACCGCCACUUACUGCCCUAAGUCCACUGAUGCUAUCGGUGUUUCUCCCACCGAGUCUAUCAGCAUCCCUGCUGGCUACACCACCACUCGUCCUCUUAUCACCUCCACCGUGACUGAGUGCAACAAGUGCUCCAGCACCGCCCCCCCUGCUGGCACUCCCACUGGCGUCAACCCUGUUGGUAGCUCUACCCCCAGCUCUCCCGUUAUUCCCGUCGUCCCCAGCGUUCCCAGCAGCUCCAAGGCUACUCCUAGCAGCAGCUCCUCCGUCAUCAAGCGCCCCAGCAGCAGCAGCAUCGUCAUCUCCUCCACCCCUCUGGUCCACUCCACCCAGCCUGCUUCCACCAACGCCCCUCCUGCUCCUUCUGCUUCUGCUCCUUCUGCUUCCGGCCCCUCUGAUGUCUCCCCCACUGGUUCUGCUACCACCCCCGCUGUCCCCCUCUUCACGAGCGGUGGCUCGCGCGCGGCUGUUGGCGCCGGUGCCGGGCUCGCGACCGUCUUCGGUCUCGCUGCUGUUCUGCUGUAAACUGAUUUGAACUUCGACGGAUGGAACGGAUUGAUUGCAUUUUCUCUAUUACCCCUUUGAGUCUUCAUUCUCGGCGUCCGUCGUCAUGAUUGCGAUUCAUAUGUUACUUGCAUUCUCCGCAGGUGAGAACAUAUCGCAUAGAUGUACUUGACUAUGAUGACGGAGUUAUUAAAUUUCUUCUUGAACUCUUGUUGGAGCGUCUAGACCACUUUUCACUGGUGAUACGACCGAUA